CCUUCACAAACUACUUCAUUUUCUUAUGAAGAAUUAUCCAUGGCAUCAGAUCAGUUCUCCGAUGCCAACCUUCUUGGCGAAGGUGGCUUUGGUUUUGUACAUAAAGGAGUCCUUCCUAAUGGGAAAGAGGUUGCAAUAAAGCAUCUGAAAUCUGGAAGUGUACAGGGGGAACGUGAGUUUAGGGCAGAGGUUGAGAUCAUUAGCCGUGUCCAUCACAAACACCUUGUUUCACUGGUUGGAUACUGCGUUGCUGGUGCCCUGCAGAGAAUGCUUGUUUACGAGUUCAUCCCAAACUUCACCUUAUAUUUUCAUCUACAUGGAGAGGAGAGAGUACCGGUUAUGAACUGGCCAACCAGAAUGAAAAUAGCUCUGGGCUCUGCAAAAGGACUGGCAUAUCUGCACGAGGACUGUCAGCCGAAGAUCAUACAUCGUGACAUCAAGGCAGUUAAUAUUCUUCUGGAUUAUAACUUUGACGCAAAGGUUGCAGAUUUUGGGCUUGCUAAGCUUUCAGCAGAUACUGAUACUCAUAUCUCCACUCGGGUGAUGGGAACUUUUGGUUACUUGGCUCCGGAGUAUGCUGCUAGCGGAAAGCUCACUAGUAAGUCAGAUGUCUUCUCCUUUGGCGUUGUGCUUUUGGAGUACUUGAUUACUGGAUGCCAACCUCUCGAUAAAACUCAACCCUUCACUGACGAUAGCAUGGUUGAGUGGGUGCGUAUGCUAUUUAAUAAGCACGAGUCUUUAAAUUACUUCAUAUUGGCGGGUGUAAUCAGAUCAUUUUGGGAUGAGUUUUGCUCUUUUUAUUGUUGUUAUUAUUAUUAUUUUUUUCCUUUGUGCGAAGUUUUGUAUUACCAAUUUACCAUUCUUGAUAAAAAGCAGAUAGUUAGAGCUUUGGAAGGACAUUCUCUGGAUGAUCUACAUGAGGGAAUCAAAACUGAGCACAGCAUGGCUUCUGGUUCGGAUCAUGGCAGGAGUCAAUACGAUCAAGCUGACUUGAACAAAUUCAGGGAGAUGGCGCUAGAAAGCCGAGAGCAAUGCACCAGUGAGAGCAGCGGGCCUAUCAACGGCUCUGCUCCUCUCCGAUCUAGCGAAAGCCAACAAACUACCCAAGAGAUGGAUUUAGGAAAAGUUUAAGAAUGAUUUCCAAUACUUGGGUUAACUAUCUGUCACAGUCCAGUGCUUGAACGGUGGUGGACUGAAGUCAUUGUGGGCUUUGGUUGGCUCAGUUCUAUUGGUUAACUAUCUCUUUUACAUUUCUUUUAUUUUCAAGUUGGGUUAUGGUCCAUUUACUGUUUGUUAGCUUUGUUUGAACUGUACUUAUUUUUACAGUCUUAUUAAUUGGGCCUCUGGCCCAUUAUUUCGUGAGAGGAGUGUCCAUAUUUGUUGUUGUGAAGGCAGACAAAAACUCAAUCAAAUACUUAUUUCCUUUUGUA